AUGGCCGACCAAGCCCUCACGAAGGCGUGGGGUACGCUUUCUAUGGAGGCAAAGAAGGCCAUCGAAGAAGCAGGAUGGAAGCCGCGGACGAUGGAGCCGGGGCCCAAUUGGCCCCCGGGACUACCAGGUAGUGGAUCGCAAACCGAAAGCAUGACGCAAAAGGAGUACUACGAGGCCAUUGAAACGGUGUGGCAGGGAGCUGAGCCCGCAGUGCAAAGGCUGCUCAGAGCAGCGGGUAUUCCCCCGCCAGGGGACUACAAGCCUGAGGAUGAGACGCCAAAGCAGGAGCUCAGCCGCCAUGUUGGUACAUACAGAAGGACGACAAACAAGCUGAGAUCACUCAUUGAGAAGAAGGUCCGGCUUCAAGACAAAACGGAAAGGAUCAAGAGCGAGUUCGAGCAGGCCAUGAAGCAGCUUGCGCAAGUCAGCCAGGCCAUCCAGACCACGGAGCUUGAGGUUGCGGAAGCACAGAGGAAGGUACAAGCCUGUGUGAAAGAUGAGGAGGAUUCGCCGUACAAGGACGUCGCGUCCUACCUGGAAAAGGAAGGGAUCAUCCUGACCGACGAGCAAGCGGAAGCGCUCAAAACAAGGAUGGCAGUCAAGGUCGUGGAGACAGACUGGACUGGAGUCUUGGGACCACGAGAGCCAGGCAUGCCAACCGAACUUGGCAUGUAUGGGCCGAUGCGCAUGUCUCGAGAUGUGUCAGUCAGGGCAACGCCGACGGGGCGCGAACGCUCGCCGGAGUCUCAAUGGGGAGACUCUGUUUACACUUUUGGUGGUGGCCGGAAGCAGUGUCACGGGGACAUUGUAUGGCCACAGGCGCAUGGGGAAGGCAGUCAAGCUGUGUCUAGUACCCAUGUGCCUAGUACAAACAGCACAGUGGAAGACAGCCAAGAGAGCUGGAGUCCAGUUACGAGGGGUCCGGAGCCUGUCCGAGCUGUGGACAGCAGUUGGGCGGUCACAGGGCCCAGAUACUUCCAUAUAACAAGGGAAGACAUCGAAGAGGAAUGUGAGCAUUCGGCCUCGCGAGAAGCUGAGGGAAGCCAAAUACAGAUGAGAGACCAUGCAGCGGUUAGAGGGGAGAACAUGAAGGCCUCGCAGGAAGCUGAGGAAACACGAUUCUCGGCCUCGCCGUGUGCUGAGGGUCGCAGAGGAAAACAAAAGCCCAAGAAGCGGAAAGCAAAACCCACGGAACCACCAAAAGAUCUGCCACAGGAGUGGCAAACGCUAUGCCAAGUGGUGGGUAGAUAUGAUGCUUCCAGUGAGGCUGCUGCACUCGAAGCCAUUGAGAAGCUGGAAGAGCAGGAACUCAACCCGCUACAACAACGAGCAUGCCACGAAGUGCUUCGUUCCUUUGUGGAGCAUGACGCACAAUAUGCCAAAUGGAUCUUGGCAGAUGUGGCAAGUGGGUAUCGCCAAGAUGAUAAGGCCGAAUGCAUCAAAAUCACAGCGGCUAACAUCACCAGCUGGAGGAAACCCAUAGCGGCAUGGAUACACGAACUAGGACCGGACCUGGUGGUGCUGCAGGAAACCCAUCUCAAGACGGAGGGUAUCCAGCAAGCCAUGAGCCAUUGCCAAGAUAUGGGAUACACCUUCAUUGGCAUGCCAGGCAGUACAAAAAUUAAGGGUGUACAAGGAGGCCUGGCAGUGGUGGCACCCCGACAUAGGAAUCUGCGAUACCUUACCGAGUAUGGGUCAGGACCGGCGGGCUUCCUGGCAUGUGCCAUGAGAAACAAAGGCUGGGAUUUGAUCAUCGUCAGUCUGUAUUUGGAGAGCGGGGUCGGAUUCCAGGCUCCAAACAAUAUCCAAGUACUGACGAGACUGAUAGCCUUUCUCAAGGGCUGCAAAGUGCCAUAUAUGGUGCUGGGAGAUUGGAAUGAAGCCCAGGAUACCAUGAGGGGCACAACUAUGGCGACAGAAGUUGGUGGUGCAUUUGUAGGAGUGGGGGAACCAACGGCCCAAGGAUCGGACGAAAUUGAUUACGGGCUGGUUGCGAAAUGCUUGGUGCCCAUCCUGCAAGUGAAAACGGAUUGGGAAACCCCUUUUCGGCCUCAUGCUGCGAUGCAUUGGAGGGUAGCCCAACCGAGCAGUAGCCCUGAUGUUCCCCAGAUGAAGAAGGCGGGAGCAUUGGUGACGGAGACGGUGGAAUACGAACCAGUUCAAAACACACAGAGCAUCAACAUCCUGGAUGAACCCAAGAUGGAAGAUGAGCUCAGUGAGACAUUCGCUCACCUGAGUGCCGGGGUGGAGAGGUCGAUCACAGGCCGAAUCGAAGGCAUGGGUGUUAAAUCCGAGAUUGUCCGGAAGAAGUUGGUGGUCAACAACCCGGAGAACGUUGUCUGGACAGGCAAGAGGGCGGCCUUUUGGAACAGGGUCCAACAAUGGGUCAAACAAGGCAGACAUCAUGGCGAUGCGCAUCCGGUGGCGCGUCUGGUCCAACGCAGGCUCGGCGAGUAUUACGAGGGUGAUGCGCAGAACCAGGAGGAUAUGCUCGUGAAUAUCCUGGGCCGGGGUACGGACGCUAGACUUGUUCUGAAGCGCAUCGACGAACAGCAAUGCUACGCGAGAAAGGCGGAUAUGGAAGAGACAGCCCACCAGUACAAGCAAUGGCUCAGCAAGGCCAUGGAAAAGGGCAUGCGACCAUUGUACAAUGCCUUGCGAAAAGAAGAACAAGUGGUACAAAGACCCUACAUGGAAUAUGACAUGCUGGAACGGCCACACAUUCGCCGAGACCACUGGGCGGCAGUGUGGACGACGGGCCAGCCGUUGGCAAAAUCGGCCUCGCUCAUGACGGAGCUUGAGGAUGCAGCCAAAAAACAAGCGGCCAGCGUGGAGCCGCUGAACCCUGUCGAGGUCAAGGCAAGGAUCAAAAAACUGGCACUAAAGAGCCCGGGGCCGGAUGGCUGGAGGAUUGACCAUUUGCAGGCCAUGGACGACAAAGCAGUUGAAGCCGUUGUGUCCUUCUACCAUGAAUGUGAGGCCAAGGCAGCAUGGCCGCAGCAAAUGACAGUCUCCCUUAUAGCAAUGCUGCCGAAGAAUCUGACCCGGGAAAGACCAAUCGCCUUGCUACACAUCCUGUACAGGACCUGGGUCCGUUUGCGAUGGGAUUUGGUAAGUACUUGGCAGGCAGGCUAUGCCCAAACUGCCACGUACGACAAGGCAGUCCCAGGCAGUUGCUGCUUGGACGUGGCCGUAGGCAGACUACUGCGAAAUGAGGUGGCGAAGACAAAUGGUGUGCAUGUGGUGUCACUCUUUGUGGACCUCGAGUCCUUUUUCGAUACCAUCCAAUUUCAGCAAUUGAUCACGGCAGCAACGGCCCUGCAAUAUCCAUCGCUAAUCCUGAAGAUGGCACUGGAAGUGUACAUGGGUGCCAGAUAUUUGGUGGCAGAUGGGGUGCUGUCAGCAGGCAUCAGAGCUACGAAUGGCGUGCAAGCAGGGUGUCCAGCUGCGCCAUCGUUGGCAAAGGUGGCAUUGCACCCGGUGAUAGAUAAGAUCCAAAGGCGACGAGAUGUGGCAAACGUGGAUUGUUGGUUGGAUGAUGUCUCAAUUGACAUCCAGCAUAAGUCCUUUAAACAAGUGGCGGAUAGUGCGAUACGAGUCUACCGCAGCUUAAAGGACGGGAUGGACGCUAAUGGUUUCACGAUUUCAUCCAAGAAGACAGGGUUUGUGGCCAGCAGUACCCAGGCGAGCAAGCACCUGCGAGAACUCCUGUUGCCUCAUGAGCCACAGGUGUACGACGUGAUGCGUGACUUGGGCGUCGACAGUACAGGGGGGCGAAAGCGUCGCUUGGUGACGUCGGCAACGCGGGCCAAGAAAGCCCAUGCGAGACAUAGCAAACUGUCCAGGCUGGGGCCGCCGCCCAGCACUAAACUCCGAGUGGUCAAGGCAGCGAUCACAUCCGUUGCUUUGUGGGGGCACCCCUCUGUGGGGGUAUCACCUAAAAGAAUGAAAUGGCUCCGAACAGUGGUAGGAAAACACCUGGGUAAAUACAAGCUUGGGAGUUUGGAAACCAUCUUGGACAUGGGAGCCAAGAAAUGCCAGGAUCCAAAGCGCACAAUCCACAAGCAGCAUUUCAAGGUGGUGGCCAAGGUUUUCCGUGCAUGGAUUGGUGGCGGAAAAGCCCACUUUGACUUGGCCUGGAAAACCACUUGGAAGAGGUUGAGUGCGGCCAAACACCACUGGCCACUGGUCACGGGGCCGAUGGCAGCAACCAUGGCGUACUUAAUGGAUCUGAAGGUGGAUGCCAGUGACCCAGGCAAAUGGAAGAGAGGAAGUGUCCUCAACGUUGAUUGGACCCAGCCACGCAUGGGUAGCCUCGCCUACAAAUGGCUUGAGGGAUUCCUGGAGGAACAAAAACGGGCUGCAAUAGCGCGACAGGCAGGUGGCGCUGGUGCCCAAGAGGGGCUGGAUUGGACGCCGCAUCACAAGCUGACGAAGCUGGGAGGCCUAAGCCCAGGCCUUAUGGAAGGUAUAAAGUCAGUGUGGCACGCGGGCGUCAUCACGGAGACCAAGCCAGGAUGGUGCAAGAAGUGCCAAAUGCCAGCAACUCUGGAGCAUGUCCUCAAGGAAUGUCCUUACUGGCGUGAACAAGGGUUCAAAGAACCCAAGCUCCAGGAAUACUUGCGUCACAAAUACCCAUGGGAGUGUUUGUGGACAAGGGCACUCCUGCCAAAGCCGGCGGUGUGGCACCCGAAGCCGCCGGAACACCUUUUAGGUCUGCGAUACCAAGGAUGCUUCGCAGCUGAUGCAAAAGUGGAAGCGGAAGGCUUGAUCUUCGCCACUGACGCCAGUGGAGGUCCAGGAGGAAUAGACCCACGUGUACAAACAUCAGCCCUUGCAGUAGUGGCUAUGUCCUGGACAAAAGGUGUCCUGGUGGAAGUCGGACGGAUUACAGAGCUGGUCUACCCGUGGCAGCCGGUGGUGGACAUGGAGCGUCGUGCACUUUUCCGACUAAUGGAGCACACGGAGGAUCUGAUUGAUGUCACUAUGGAUUGCAAGCCGGCAGUCCAAGUGCUACAAAAAACACAACCGCCGGAGGAUGACCUGGAAUGGAGCAAAGUGUGGAAUGGCAGGAAACGUAUCAAGGCAACAUGGGUCCCGUCCCACAAAACUGAAGAGGAAUUCCUGGCGAAGAUGGGGCCGGGUACGUUGUGGCGACGUGCAGCGAAUGACAUGGCAGACAAAGUAUGUGGAGCAGUGGCGGCGGCUGCUUACAGCCCAGCGCACAAGAGGCGUGUCAAAGAAUUGGACAAUGUGGUGCGCACACUUUCCCUGGCGUACGGUGCACGCGCAGCCCACAUAUUGCGGAAGCGCAAAGAAGAAGACUUCCCCUUCAUCCUGGACCAUGCGCAUUACAAAGAGAAGAUGGUGGUCUUGGAGCAGUACUGCGUCAACCAGCCGGAGGCGCGAGUGCGUGAAGAGUGGGGAAUCGGCCGGACAAAGGCAAGGGCAAAAGCAAGAACAAGCAGAAGGAUCAGCCCCGUGAACGUUCCCCGCUUCGACAGGCCAGACACCCGGAGCAGCCUUGGGAUAGUGAAGAGGAGAGAGCUUCGGAAUCUCCGGUGGGUCCGGUACGCCUACGGGAGAGAGGAGAAGACAGUACGGCCUCGCCUCAAGCUGAGGGUGUCGAUGAAGAGCAAGAGGCAAGCCAGCCUCGUACAGUCACGCUGGCGGAAGGGCCAGGUGCGGGGCGCACUCGACGAGGAUAUGCUCUGGAUCGGCUAUGGGACCCUGUGGGCAGGAUGGAUUGGAGUCCUUUUCGACGAAGCGGUGGAGGGUUACUGCCACCACUACUUCUAUGGAAGUAUCAUCCGCAGGGCAGAGCUGUUCAACACAUGGUGGCAGGAACAUCGCCAUGAAGCCGGGGUCCUCAGACAGUCCCUGUUUUACCUGGUGGCUAUAACGUCAUGGCUGACCAUGCAAGGAGUUGCUCUAUCGGAUAUCACGGUGAGCAACGUUGGGCGCGACCCAAUGUCAGGAUCGCUACCACGGGCAAUGUUCUUUGACACGGCGGAGUGGACGACGCUGCAGGAGGAGAGAUACAAGAUAUCAUGCGGCCUCGUACGCCUCCUGGAGAAAUAUGAUGAGGAGCUACUGGCAACCAUACGUGGAUUGGUCAGAACGUACGACGGCAAGGCCAGCGCGCUUUGGAUGGCGUGCGUAGGCAAUGUCGGGCCAUUUGCCCAAACAGACAAGAAACAUGGAUAG